AUGGGCUGUAUCCAAAGCAUCACCUGCAAGGCGCGGAUCCGGCGCGAGAACAUCGUGGUGUACGAUGUGUGCGCCACCAUCGAUCAGUGCCCCACGCGCAUCGAGGAGACCUCGCCCAUCGUCCUGCGCUACAAGACCCCCUACUUCAAAGCCUCGGCCCGCGUGGUCAUGCCCCCCAUCCCCCGCCACGAGACCUGGGUGGUGGGCUGGAUCCAGGCGUGCAACCAGAUGGAGUUCUUCAACACCUACAGCGACCUGGGCAUGUCAAGCUGGGAGCUGCCUGAUUUGAGGGAAGGGAGAGUAAAAGCCAUCAGUGACUCAGACGGGGUGAGUUACCCUUGGUACGGGAACACCACCGAAACGGUGACCCUGGUCGGCCCCACCAACAAGAUCUCCAGGUUCUCCGUCAGCAUGAAUGACAACUUCUACCCCAGUGUGACGUGGGCGGUGCCAGUGAGUGACAGCAACGUGCCCCUGCUCACGAGAAUCAAGAGGGACCAAAGUUUCACCACCUGGCUGGUGGCCAUGAACACCACCACGAAGGAGAAGAUCAUUCUGCAGACCAUCAAGUGGAGAAUGAGGGUGGACAUUGAGGUGGACCCUCUCCAGCUACUCGGGCAGCGGGCCCGACUGGUGGGCAGGACUCAGCAGGACCAGCCCCGCAUCCUGAGCCGGAUGGAGCCCAUCCCCCCCAACGCACUAGUGAAGCCCAACGCCAACGAUGCCCAAGUCCUCAUGUGGAGGCCCAAGCGGGGGCCGCCCCUGGUCGUGAUCCCGCCCAAGUAGGAGCCGACCAGCCUGACUGCGCAGUGGGGAGCACCUGCCGCUAAGACACGCAGUGAGGUUGUCAGGGGUGGCAGGAGCCAAACUGAGUUUCUGAGCCAAAGCAGACCUCGCGGUUUGCCAGCCUUCGCGGCCACUUCUAGAGGACAGCUGCUCCUCGGGUGGUAGAACCACACCCUUAGGAAAGUCCCUUCCUUUUAGGAAUAAAGAGAUCUCUGGUUCGACAGACUUGCUGUGAUUACCGUGCAAGUAGCCAUACUUUGGAGCUGACCAGGGGGAUGUUUUUAUCUGAACUAUUGACCAUUUCUUUCCUGUGAGAUGCAGGGGAUGGAAACGAAAUUAAACGGUGCCUGUGGCAAACGCUGCUUCCCAAUUAGAAGUGGAAGUGAAAACAUCCACCCCAGGUCUCCAGGAGGGACAAGGCAAGCCCAGCAAGCAGAGCCACAUGGCGGGGACCAAGGAGGAGGGGACGAGCAAUGGCUGUGACUCCGGAAGCUGAAGGCCUGGCCAGCUGACUUCCCGCGAAAUGAGCACCCCUGCCUGUCUCCACACCACCUCUCGUCCCACGGCCAGCACCUCCUCCUGCCCAACCACGCGCCAUGUGGCACUUGCCACGGGCUGGCCAGGCUGGCUGCUGGGCUCCUGGGGAGCUGUAUUGAGGAGACCAUGCCUGCUGUGUGUUUGCGUGUGUGGAAGAUUGGAUUCACCCAGAUUUCAAGUCCGUCCCCAGCCCUCAAAGUGAAGGCACAGAGCUGUCAGCCUGGACUUCAAACACCUACCAUGGCCCAGCCUUGGUUCCCAAGCCCUGCCUUCCCCUACGUGUCUGGCUGGGACAGAGGGGUGCAAAUCCCCCCACCUCCUCCUCGUCCACAUGGUUGGCCAGUGUCAAUACUCUCUUGAGGUUUCUCAAAGGUCUCGAUCUUUGGCAAGCCAGGGCCAAAGCCUCCUGUUUCCCCUGCCAUGACAGGUGGGUGCCUCCAGGUGACCAAGGGCAGAGUGCAUGUCACCGGGACCCCAAGGGGAAGGGGAUAACCAUCCUAAGAAGGCAAAAUGAUGUGUGUGGUUUUAUUUAUUGGUUUAUUUAUUGGCUUGCUUACUGAUUUAUUUAUUUAUGAAAUGUGUAUUUAUUAUACAGCAGAAAAUCCACUUCCAUCUUGAAAGCAUCAGCCCCAGAAUUUGUCUUCCGGGCCCCAUAGAGCACAGUGAAUUAUUCUUUGAAGCCACAGAAAAGAGGGAAUUCUCUCCUUAAGGCCAAACCUUUCUACCCCAGCCAGAUUUUCAGCCAGAAAUGGAUCGGGACCCCACCACUGGUGAAGCUGUGAAGCCGUGGUCAGCGUAGCUAGACUGUUCAGACAGAGCCCCAGACACUUCCCCUCCCACCCACCCUUUGGGCCAAGCCGACCUCCAAUCCCUUAAGGCCCCUGGGCAGGACUGGCCAGCAGGCCCCAGCCCGAUGGUUCAGCUUAGACUUCCCCUCGGCCCUGGUGCAGCAUUCUUAACACCAGAUGUUCAUUAGAGUCCCCUCAGGAGCUAAACAAGUACCCAUCCUGGUCCCUCCCCAAAGCAAUCGCGCGAUGCCAGCACCGGGGCAUCGGUUCCGAUGUGAGGCAGGGUGAGGAUUGCCAGUGAGACCUUGCCUCCUCGUCCCUCUGCGCCACCCAGACGGCCUCGCCCUCCAGUGCCCAGGCUUUCUGGGGGCCCUCUCCCACUCCUGCAGCCCUUGCUCCUCACUAAGCCUUCCCAUCAGCUCCACCUGAGCAGACCCCUGGACACGUGGCAGGUCCCGUGAGUCGCGUGAUGUUCCCGUGAUCCAGUGACUGCCAGUUUUCCUAGGCACAGGACCUGCCAGGCUUGCCCUCCGUCGGCACCUGUCCAAGGCUCCCGAACUCCAAAGAGCGAAGGGCACUUUGGUGACAUUCCUGAUGGUAAGCCCAGGCCAGUCUUUCUAACCCAAGCCCUGGUCAUUUCUCCAGCACCACCUGAAGGUCACCGAGGGUCCGUUGGUAAUGGGAAGGGGUCCUGUCACCCCCAAGCCAGUCCCUCCCCUGGCAAACUGGCAGCAGCCACCGUGUGUCCGAGUCCUGGGUGUGUGAGAAGACACUUGAUCCUUCACAUUGACGGGCUCUCUAAUGCUGAGUGUACGUAACUGUGUGCGCGCACACGCGUGCACAUUCACUGUCUACACACAAGCCAUCCAGAUCUGUGAAGACGUCCGAUCUCAUGCCACAUGCUAUCAUACUUUCCUGAAAACAGUUAAGGAUUCUAUUAUUUCCAGCUCCAGCGAGUGCCCCUCCAUUGUCCACGAUGGCCCCACGUGAAUGGCACAGAGUGUUCCGAUACAGACACACACACAGCCCAGGGAAGCCCAUGACGGGGACAGUGCAUGCUGCCACGCCGUCUCCCCGUCCAGUCUCCCUGAGACAAGCACUAUGUCACCUCACCCACCCCGGCUGCCAGUUAUGCCUGUCCAGCAUCCCAGACACCACACCUUCCCUCCCUGUCGGUCACCGUGUCCCGCACCAUGUCCCACCUCUCAGGGUCUGCUCUGUAGGUGACAGCUCAGUCGGUGGGUGCUAAUGAGGAGUGUUGCCUUCUCAGGUGACAUGACGUUUUAAUAGGGGCUACAGAUAAUGCCUUAAUCCGAAGGAGUGGCUCUCCAGGUGAGACGUCCAGGCACAGACGUGGGUCAGUAAGGGAGGUCAUUUGCAUCAAGAGGGCAUUUUAAAGGCCCACCCCACCCCGCCACAUCACCCCGUCUCUAAGACCAACCUUUCCUUAGGGCGUGACACAGGCAAGCACACUUACCGACAUACACGUGUAAUUUUGAAACAGCUCCCUUACACCGGCCCUCUCUUUAAAAGUGAAAAGAAAAAGAAAGACGGGGGAGGGCCGGCUACGUGAUUUUAAACGUCACUGGGAAACGUAGCCUACUUCUUCGCCGGCUGCCAACCCUCUGGCCCACCCCGCGCUGUUCCAUUCCCUUUCCUCUUCAAUAAUGUCGGUUCAGUUCGUCGGACUCGUCUUGCCCUCUCCCUGCCCCGUCCCCAGGUGUAUUUCCUUUACUGUUUCCACGUCGUCGAGGACAGAAGAGCAGGUUAGGAGCAUGAGCAUGUGCGGGUCACUUUGAAGAAGGAGGAACCAGGUAUUCUGCUACAGUUUGGGGAAAGCCCAGCCAAAGGAGAGACGGAAGCUGUCUCUGCAGAGUGCCUUAAAAAUGACUUUCACUAGGAGAUUCGGAGUCGCCAGUCUUUGGAUGUUACAUAAACUCAAGCAGAUGUUGCAUUUCACUUCUCUGGGAUUACAGAACAGUUAAAUACAGUAUGUAUUCAACAGCAGCAAAGUAUGUUUUCUCUUCAAUUGAGU